AUGAAGUAUGUCAGCCCCGUGGGAAAAGUCUACAAAAAAGACGGCUUGCUCGAUAGGUGGAUGGAGAUUCCCGAAGAGUAUCUGCUAGCUGAAAAAAACUGUCUGUCUGCGGAUCCUCUCUCAGCUCACCACGCUUUUUGCUUGAGUCUGAGCAAAGAUUCACCGACAAUUGCUCUCAAUGCAACAGACUCACUGACAAUUCUUACUCCCAUCGGAGACAAGGAGACAUCUCUGCACAUUUUGAAUAUUCUUUUGGAACACAAUGCAUACAUCCCAGGGCACAGCAUACUUCAGUCCAUCUCUAAUGAAGCUAUUUUAGCGUCCAGUGAAAGAUUCAAAUCUUGUAUAUUCAGUGAAAGCCCGAAAAAGAGUAAAGUGCAAGAGGACUGUGACAUAGUCAAGAAAGCCUUGGAAGUGCAAGAGAGGUUGGGCGAUAUUACAUACGCAUAUGAACAGGUGUCUUUGCUAAAGCUGUCGCAGUACCUUCCCAUGUUGGACCAGAUGAUAUUUAAUUCUUGGGUUGUAUCUGCAAGUGAGUAUAAGAAACUAAAAAACUACUUAAAAACCCAUCCGCAGACUCUCUAUUGCACAGUAAAUAGCCUUAUUAGCCCGCCUGUAGAUAUAAGCAUGUUUGAGAGGCCUAGAACAGACGAAAUACGCAAAUACCUAGGGAGUUCUGAGCUGUACUCUACAUUCUAUGAAACACCUAGAUCACCCGAUCUUAUCUGGGAUGCCAGUGCUCCUGGAUGUCUUAUCAAUCUUCCUAUUUUAGUAAUUGAAGAGAUCAUCAACAAAACAAAAAAAGAACGAAGGAAGAAGAUCAUAUCGAUUGUAAAUGAGCACGCACAGGAUGUUGGCGUGCAAAGGAAUAUGUGUUCCUUCUACAGAGAAAUAUUCAGCAAAGACAGAAACAUCCAAUACGAGGGAAUUCUGCUAGAAAUUAGCUUUGAAGCAGAGUACAAAAGGCUCGUAGAGGAACAAAAGCUUCUAAGUGAAACAGAAGAGGGAGAGAUAAAAUAG